AUGAAUUAUUACAAUAUACUUGGUAUCUAAAAUAACUCAUCUCAAGAACAAAUCAAAAUAGCAUUCAGAAACCUAGCUAAAAUGCAUCAUCCAGUAAAUUAUCAUUGUAUAUUCAAGGACAAGAAUCCUUAAUCUGUUUAAUUUAGAAUUAUUUCUGAAGCAUACAGAAUACUCUCAAAUCCUCAAUUACGAGCACGAUACGAUUAAGCUUAACUAUAAUAUGAAAAACAAAUCUAAAUAUUCAAUUUAAUCAGAAAUUUUAUCAAUGGCAAAGAAGAUAUUCCUCUUAUUCAUUAAAAGGACCAUGAAUCUAAUCAAAAUGAAUCUAAGACCCUCGAUAUUCAAUAAAUCUAGAAAAAAAAAAUUCGUAAGGCUUAAAAUUGA